AAAGAACGUCCAACUAUAGAAACAUAUACACUGGAGUGUCGAGCUACUUUUACAUUCUCCAGAAACGUCUGAAAACCCCUCAAGAUGCUUCUGAGCAAGGUGACACCUAAUGAAACGCUAAUGAGGCAGGGUCGACCGCCGAGGUUGGCGUCUAGACGUCACAACAUUCGCCAUCUUGUCAACGGACAGCACUCAACCGCGCACAAGACGACAUCUUCAUUUUCCAUCCCAAUGCGUCGCAUAUCCUUCAGUCAUUCUGUUUAGUUUCCGUUCUAUCAGACGCUCCACAUAUUGGUUACACGUCAUGCUCUUCACCCUGGUCUUCGGCGCUCUCGCAGCGACUGCGCUGUACAAAGGCUUUGCUCUGUAUCGAAACUGGCAGAGCAAUAUAGUGCUUGCGAAGAGCUCAGGAUUGCCGGUCGUUGUGAUACCAUGGAAUGUCUUCAGUAUUUUCUGGCUCGCAACCUUCUACAUUUGGAUCCCAGUCCUGGAAGUAAUAUUGCCCGCUUCGUGGCGAGGCAUUUGGUUUGACCUUCUGGAUCCAGAAUGGGGAUAUCGAAAAGGCCAUGCACCGUUCGAGAAGAUCGGCGGAGAUGUCUUCAUCAUUGCUUCAGCAACUCGCUUGACAGCGUUCGUUGCUGAUGCAGAAGCUGUAACGCAGAUCACCACUAGACGCAAUGACUUUCCUAAGCCACUUGAGAUAUACGGAGCUCUUGACAUUUAUGGCAAGAACCUCGUCUCGACCGAGGGAUCAGACUGGCGUAUGCAUCGAAAGCUUACUGCACCCAGCUUUGGGGAGAAGAAUAACGAGCUGGUGUUCAAAGAGUCUCUUCACCAUGCAAGGUCACUCCUUGGCCUUUGGACCGGACCAGACGGGCAAGGAAACGAGACCGUACAGGACCCAGCUGUAGCAACAAUGAGUUUCGCACUCUUUGUGAUCAGCUCAGCAGGCUUCGAUGUUCGUGUCAAGUGGCUGCAUGAGGAGAAGAGUCGAGCAUCGUCUCUCGAGAACGACGAGCCGAAGUCAAUUUUAGUUGGCUCUGAGAAAUCAGCAGACCACAAAAUGACCUACCGUGAAGCCAUCAGUGAACUGCUUCACAACAUCAUGUGGACUCAAAUCAUACCUCCUAAGUAUCUGUCCCUCUCUCCCCUCAAGGUUCACCGCACAGUCGGCGCCGCCGUCACCGAAUGGGGACAGUACAUGGAUGAGCUCUACGAGGUGAAGAAGCAGCAAGUAGCAUACGGCGACACCAACAACGCCGGCAUGGAUCUCUUCGAUGCCAUGAUCCGCGGAAGCGGGAUCACAGAAGGAAAGACAAACAUCCAAAAGAGCGACCUCCUAGGAAACGCCUUCGUCCUGAUGCUCGCGGGCCACGAAACUACCGCAAAUACGCUGCACUUCUCCCUCAUCUUUCUCGCCAUGCACCGCGACUCGCAAAAACGGCUGCAGCAGGAUAUCGACAGAGUAUUCCAAGGCAAGCCAAUCGAGCAGUGGACGUAUGAAGAGUACUUCCCAAAAUUAUUCGGCGGCAUGGCCGCCGCAGUCAUGAACGAGACGUUGCGCCUGCUACAACCCAUUGUCAACAUCCCUAAAUCAACUGCACCCGGACGGCCACAGAACUUUACCAUGGGCGAUAAAACAUACACGAUACCAGGAGACACACACAUCUUCCUGAAUUCCGCAAUUCACCGGAACCCAAAGUACUGGCCCGCGCCCUCAAAUACUGCAAGUACGAGUACUACCGGUGCGCAGGACGUCGAUACUUUCCGCCCCGAGCGCUGGCUAUCCAACUCAGAGCUUGAAGACAGUUUCGUAGACAUCAACUACGACGACGAAGAUCUGCGCGGCCCCUCGGGCGAAGACACCUCCGCCUCACUCUUCAAGCCGGUCAAAGGCUCGUACAUCCCCUUCAGCGAUGGCUUCCGGUCGUGCAUCGGGCGGCGCUUCGCACAAGUCGAGAUUCUCGCCGUCUUGGCUGUGAUAUUCAGCCAGUACAGCGUUGAGCUUGCGGUGGAGGAGUGGGGGUCUGAUGAGGAGGUGGCGAGUAUGGAUAGGCAGAGGAGGGAAGAGCUUUAUGCGAAGGCGGUGCAGAGGGCGGAUGAAGUGCUGAGGACAAAGGUUGCGAGUAUUAUUACGUUGCAGUUGAGGGGGACGAGUGUGCCUAUCAGGUUGGUUAGAAGGGGGGAGGGGAGGUUUGGGGUUUGAAGAGAUGAGGUUGAGUGGGAUGUGCAUUGGGUAUCAUCAUGAGUUGGUAGAAUAUUGUACGUAUAUUGGCAUAUAGCAUAAAACUCACACAUAG